AACCUAAGGAUUCUUGGUUAAUACAAUUAACUCUGAGAGGUUGGCCCUCUCCUUGGAUUAGUCUCAACAAUACAUUGAGGAUACCACGUAAAUCGGUGUGUUCUGUGUUGCGAUCCUUCUUCUAAUAUCGUGUUUAUCAUGGUAUCAGAGCCUCUCAUUGGAUCGCGGGCUUAGGGUUUUUGUUCGUUGACUACUUCUGGUGUUCUUGGUUACUUGUCUUGCUGCUGCGUACUGGGUUCUUGGUUUUCAUUGGCCGUGUCCUGGAUUGUCUAGCGGCUGUAUUUGGCGCCUCUUGUUCUCGCGCUGCUCUGUGGAGAAUUUUUGGUAUUCGGCCGAUACUCUUGGCAUUCUUCGGUGGGCGGCCUCUAUUGCUGCUCGGUGGCCUGCUUCUUGCUGUUCGCGGCUUCUAGCUCUCGUUUGGGUUCUGUAGGCUGCCCUUUUUCUGUUCGCCGUGUCUGAUGGAGGCCUCCAAGCUUGACUGUGUGUCUGUUCGCUUCAACGGCAAGAAUUUUGCCUUGUGGGAACUUCAGUUCCGCCUAUUCGUCCAAGGGCGUCGUCUCUCGUCCAUUCUUGAUGGCUCGAAGCCUGAACCUGAUGCUACUGCUUCUGCCCAGGAACGUGAAGACUGGGCUGUUCACAAUGCCCAGAUCAUGGUUUGGCUGCUCGGCUCCAUGGAUCCCUCGAUCGCCUUGAGUUUGCGUGGCUUCUCCACAGCGCACGCCAUGUGGAAACACCUUUCCGACAUCCAUUCUCAAGUCAGCUCAUCGCGUCGGUUCGAGAUUGAGAUUGAGCUUGCUCGCCUUCACCAGGGUGAACUAGACGUUCGCUCAUACUAUCAGGAAUCGGUUCGUUUAUGGACUGAACAUGAUUUGUUGACAUCCUCGCUGCUCUCCUCGGAGGCUUCGGCUGAAGUUCUUCGCGAACGUGCGAGCUCCCGGUUUAUGCAGUUUUUUAUGAAGCUCCGGGGAGAAUUCGAGGGCAUUCGUUCUUCCUUGAUGCAUCGCAAUGUCACAACGUUAGAAGAUGCCUUGGGUGAGUUAGUACGAGAAGAAACUCGCCUUCGUAGUCAGGCAAAGCUGGAUCUCCACCAGUCAGAAGGCUCGUCUGCCUUUGCUGUCUCAGACUCGCGGACUGGCCAACAGGCCUCGGCUGCUGACUCUUCGGCGUUUGCGGUUGGGGAAGAUCGCCCCAAGUUUCACCGUACCGCCUCGGGAGAAAUUGUAUGUUUUUUCUGUAAAGAGCCUGGCCACAUUCAAAACCGUUGUCCCAAGCGCAAUGUCUGUAACUACUGUAAGGCGUCUGGGCAUAAGAUUGGCGAUUGUCCGAUCUUGGCUAAGCGUGGUCGCACUCGUCCUUCCGGUUCCAUGACGGGUGGCCAGCCUCGGGGGUCCGGUACGGGGGUUCCUUCGGGCUCCGCCUUUGCCACUACUGUUGCGACACCGUCCUCGACUGCGACCUCUGGGGGAUCUGUGAAUGCUGACUUGAUUCGUCAGCUGGUUCAGGACGCUAUUAAGGAGGCUCUCCCCGCUGCUCUUGGCUCUGUGUUCACUGCUGGUAUGCCUUCUCGUUCCUCUCACUCUUGGCAUAUUGAUUCCGCGGCAUUUAAUCACAUGACAGGCUCUAGUUCUUCGUUUAGUUCUUUGUGUCCUACUUCUCCUCUUAUGCUUCAAGUUGCGGAUGGUACUUGCUUGCCUGCCAAGGGGAUUGGUGAUAUUGAUCACUCUCGUUUAUCUCUCAAAGAUACUCUCUAUGUGCCGCAUCUUGUGCCUAGCCUCGUCUCCGUUGGGCAGUUGGCCGAGCAGGGCUGCAAGGUAGUCUUUGAUUCUCGUGGUUGUGUUGUGCAGGACAAGAACACAGGGAGGGAGAUAGGCCGCGGGACUAAGGUGGGGCGUGUGUUUACUCUGGAUAGUUACUAUGGAUCGCCUGCCAAGGGAGACGGAGGAGCGAGCCAGAGGAAUCCGCGCGGUGCUGGUGGUGAUAGUGUUGCUUGUGACUUUGAUAAUUUUUGUUAUUCUGUUAAACUCUCGAACUGGGAUUUAUGGCAUCGGCGGUUGGGCCAUCCUCAUUCGGCUAGAUUAUUGGAUAUGUUCAAGCAGAAUUUGUUAUCUGGCAGUUCAGUUUGUGAUUCUAGUGACUGUGUUCAUUGCAUUCAGGCAAAACUCUCUCACCAGUCGUUUACUGCUAGUACCACUGUUUAUUCCGAUCCGUUUGAUUUAGUGCAUACUGAUUUGUGGGGACCAUCUCCUGUGACAUCUCGUGUGGGGUUCCGGUAUUUUGCCCUUUUUGUGGAUCAUGCUACAAGAUUUGCUUGGGUUUACUUUCUUCGUCACAAAUCCGAUUUACUGAAAGUGGCGAAGGAAUUUUUGCAAAUGGUUAAAACGCAGUUCGGAAAGAUGGUCAAGGUGAUUCGAUCUGAUCCAGGAGGAGAGUUUGUUUCUGGUCCUCUCCAAGAAGUGUUUAAAGAGUGUGGUAUUUUACCUCAACAGUCAUGUCCGGGAGUGUCACAACAAAAUGGUCUGGUUGAGCGUAAACAUCGGCAUGUUUUGGAGCUCACUCGCGCAAUUUUAUUUCAGUCUUCUGUUCCGUCUACAUUCUGGGUUGAGGCGAUUCACACUGUGGUUUAUUUGAUUAAUAGACAGCUCACGCCCAUUCUUGAUCAACGCAGCCCGUAUGAGGUCUUAUUUGGAAAACGGCCGGCCUACAAAGAACUAAGAGUGUUCGGGUGUGUUUGUUACGUCUUACUACCUAGUCGUGAGCGUAACAAGUUGACUCCUAAGGCUGUGAAGUGUGUGUUCGUUGGCUAUAGUGACAAACAUAAAGGUUAUGUUUGUUAUGAUGUAUCAAAUCGUCGGAUCCGGAUUUCACGUGAUGUUGCUUUUUUGGAACAUUUAUCCUAUUAUGAUCACAAGGAUUCUGUUCCUAGACAAGACCUUGACUUCCUUCUUGCGCUGCCAUCGUUUCCUGUUGAGGCAGCACCAGCUGGGCCUGAGCUUGAUCCACCCCCGUCUCCUCCUCAUGAUGCAACUUCGUUUCAGCUGGAGCUGUCCUCCUCGUCCGCUUCUGGCUCGUCUCGGCAAGCAUCCAGUUCCUCUGGGGAUGCUUCGUCCCCAGUACACUCGCACAACUACACCUCGCCAGCGGACAGCCCCAGCUCCUCUCCUGAUCACCAUCUUGAAGACGUGGCGGAGGAACCUCCUCUCCAGCUACGUCGGUCAGAUCGUCCAACGCGAGGGAAGCCGCCUGCUCGCAUGACUGAUUUCGUAUCUUUCUCAACGACCCACAUUCCUAUUCCUGCUUCGUAUAAACAAGCUCGAGGGCAUCCCGAUUGGGACGCGGCUAUGACUACUGAAGUUACUGCUCUAGAGGCAAAUCAGACGUGGGAGGUUGUGCCUCGGCCACUUAAUGUGCCUGUCAUUGGAUCAAAGUGGGUCUAUAAUGUGAAACUCAACCCGGAUGGAUCUCUUGAGCGCUUUAAAGCUCGGGUUGUGGCUCAAGGGUUCCGACAGAAUUUUGGUAUCGAUUAUGAGGAGACUUUUGCUCCUGUGGCCAAAAUGCAAACAGUCCGAACCUUGUUUGCCGUGGCUGCUAUGCAUGGGUGGUGUCUCAAACAGCUGGAUGUUAAAAAUGUGUUCCUUCAUGGUGACCUUAAGGAGACUAUUUAUAUGGAGUGUCCUCCCGGCUAUCUGGGCGGCGACAAGUCGAAGGUGUGUCUUCUUCGACGUUCUCUCUACGGUCUCAAACAAGCUCCGCGUGCUUGGUUUGAGAAAUUUCAGGAUACUAUUCUGCUGGCUGGGUUUACUCAAAGUAAUAACGACCCCUCCUUGUUCGUUCGUCGCACAUCAAGGGGUAUCACGGUCUUGCUUAUCUACGUCGAUGAUAUGCUGGUGAGUGGGGAUGACCUUCUUGGUAUUCAAGAACUUACUCAAGUACUACAUUCUGCGUUUAAACUCAAGGAGUUGGGUGAUGUUUCCUACUUUCUGGGCUUAGAAGUUCAUCGCUCACCGGCUGGACUACUGGUUAGUCAACAGAAGUACAUAGUUGAUCUCCUUGAGACUGCAAAUAUGGAUGAAUGCGAACCCUGUGCUACACCCAUGGAGUUGAAUUUGAAGUUGCGUCAAUCUGAUGGUGACCUGCUUCCUGACGGAUCGUCUUAUAGGAGCCUGGUAGGGAGUUUGAUUUAUCUUACUCAUACCAGGCCGGAUAUUUCUUAUGCGGUGCAGGUUGUUAGUCAGUUUAUGUCCGCUCCUCAUACUACUCACAUGGUGGCUGUUUGCCGCAUUCUUCGCUAUCUGCGUGGGACGACUGAUGUUGGUAUGUUCUUUCCUUCCUCUGGUGAUCCGGUCAUUGAGGCUUAUGCUGAUGCUGAUUAUGCGGGUUGUUUGGAUACUCGGCGUUCCACCUCCGGAUGGUGUGUGAAACUUGGUCACUCGUUUAUUUCCUGGCGUUGUAAGAAGCAAGAGCGGGUCUCUAAGUCAUCUACUGAAGCCGAGUAUCGCUCCAUGUCCGAAGUGACCUCUGAACUAGUUUGGCUCCAGCGGUUGGUCACUGAGCUUGGACUUUCUUGUGUUCUUCCGAUGCGACUAUAUGCUGAUAAUACCAGUGCUAUUCGUAUUGCCCUUAAUCCUGUUCUCCACGACCGUACGAAGCACAUUGAAGUCCAUGUUCAUUACAUUCGGCAACUGGUUGCUGAAGGGGUGGUUGCAUUGUCUUACAUCGCUUCUGAAGAUCAGACGGCUGACCUGUUGACUAAAGCUGUUGCGACGUCCCGUCAUUGGUUUCUGGCAUACAAAUUGAUGCUGCGUAAGCAUCAUCAAAUUGAGGGAGGGUGUUAGAAGUAUUGGGUGUUGAUUGUAAUUAGCCUUUAAUCCUUGUGGUAGAAGUUUUGGUUAAUUACGUUUUGGUCAUCAAGUUAGGGUUAUUCGGCCAGUAUAAAUAUGUGACAUUGGCUGAACUUGUAACCUAAGGAUUCUUGGUUAAUACAAUUGACUCUGAGAGGUUGGCCCUCUCCGUGGAUUAGUCUCAACAAUACGUUGAGGAUACCACGUAAAUCGGUGUGUUCUGUGUUGCGAUCCUUCUUCUAAUAUCGUGUUUAUCACAUCUGUCGCCAACAUCACCCUUGUAUGAUGUUCGUGGAUGUUGAAAAUCAACAUGUCCCCGCUUUCAAACAAGCAGAAAAAUUCAUCAUCUCUGUAGCCAAGACCGAUGCAAAUUUGUUCCCUCUCUCCGCCUAGAGAGAAAUCAUACGUGUUCCAGAACCACUUAUCACGACGACGAAGAGUGCUGAAAUAGCGGUCGCCGUAGACCACAAGGAUCAUCCAAUCAUGAGCAGUGGGCAUCGCCGAGAAGGCAACCUUGAUUGGCCAUGGGUUGAGAUAGGUCCAAUAAUGCAUUUCUAGGCCAGGCAAUUUGAUAUAGUUGUCGGGAUACCGGAGUAAGGGAUUGUUUAAGCAUGUAUCGUGCUCUUAAACCACUUAUAUUUAUAGAGUAUAUUAUAUUUAGUGUUUUGGUAUGGGGAGAUUGUUAGGACUAUAGACAUGCAUUAAAAGGUGUAACAAAACAUUUUAUUGUUGGUUGAUUUAUAAUAUACUAAUGGAAUGCACUUGGUGGAACGGCCGAUGAAGUGGUCAAGGAUGAGUUAUGAGGGGAAAAUAUUCUACCAUUCUUUUCUCAUUUAUUGUUCUUGACACACUUUCUAAUAUAAGUGUGAGUUUUUUACUAGUCAUUCAUGUUCUACAACUAACGUAACUAUUGUGAUUCAAAGAAUUAAGAUAUACAAAUAUAUAAAUUAAUUAUUAAAAUUAUUUAGUGUAAUUAAUUAAGAUUCUAGUUUUUUGUUUAAAAAGAUUUUUGCUCAAAUCCCAAAAUUGAUUAUUUUUUUACAAAUAAGAAAGAAAUAAUUGUUAAGACAAAAAAAACUUUCCUUCUUGUAUAAGAAAAUUCGAAAUGGAACAUAACAUUUAUCAUCCGGCUGCAUGUAUCUUGUAGAUUCACAAGGUCGCUGACCAUUUCAGCAGUUUUUGAGUUAAGAAAAAAAAAUCAUUCACAACAACCCAUCCCACCACGCUUAUUGUCACACUUUAGGCAAAUCCCACAUCGACAAAGUACGGGAAAGAUCCAUGAUUCAUAUGUAAGAGACCGGCCUUAACUGACAAGACGCAUUUUGAGGUGAAAUAGAGAAUCGAGCCAUUACGCAGUCUUAUACAUGUAUUAACAACAAUUAUGUGGUGGACAUGAUGAUAAAAAGGUCUAUAAAACUGGAGUAUAAACGAUAUAAUUUGAUUUUCAUAACGAAAUUAGUCAAUCGCAUCAUGAAGAGGUCGAUCGGUGAGGACUAAAAAUAUGUAGCUAAUGUUGCGGGGAGAAUUAUGAACACAACAAGCCCCACAAUUGCCAUAGGAUCUUCCAUCCAGAUAUGUAAGAUACCCCACAUAAGUCAUACUCUCUUGUUGCACUUUAAUUGAGGUUGCCAUGCUGUUAUAAUAUUAUUGGCUUAAAAAACAUCAAUACAAUGAUAUACAUAAAAGAGAUCAUCAGUACAAUAAUGAUACACAAAAAGCCUGAAAAUGAAUUCAAACACUCAUGUAACCUCGUCGGCCGACCACUCCACAAUUAGUGGGUUAGUUUUAGAUUAAUAAAAACUUUGGACUAUA